CCUCCCUGCUCCCGCCGCCUCCUGGCCUUCGCCUCCUCCAUUUCCCUCCCCGUGUUCCUUUUCUGGAACCUCAACUGGCUCCCCCUGCUCUCUCGGUGCAGUUACCGUUUGGCGAUCCCUCUCUUCUGCUAACAUGCCGUUCGUUGAGUUGGAAACAAACUUGCCGGCCAGCCGCAUACCCGCGGGGCUGGAGAACCGGCUGUGUGCGGCCACAGCCACCAUCCUGGACAAACCCGAAGACCGCGUGAGCGUGACGAUACGACCGGGCAUGACCUUGUUGAUGAACAAAUCCACAGAGCCCUGCGCCCACCUCCUGAUCUCUUCCAUCGGUGUUGUGGGCACCGCGGAGCAGAACCGCAGCCACAGCUCCAGCUUCUUCAAGUUCCUCACCGAGGAGCUGUCCCUGGACCAGGACAGGAUCAUUAUCCGAUUCUUCCCCUUGGAGCCCUGGCAGAUCGGAAAGAAAGGAACUGUUAUGACGUUUCUGUGAUGGAGACAACGAACGCAGGGCGUUUGCUUGAGCCUGUCCAGAGCCCUUCCAGAGAGGCCUCCUGGCAGAUACGAUACCAGAUCCCUCUUUUGCAUAAGUGUCUGUGAUCUCACUGACCUGUUUUCCUCUCCCCCAGCCUCGUGAACAAGGAGAGCAAAUAAAGAAGAGAGCAUAAUCCCAA